AUGUCUAUCCUGUUCAAAUCACCGCGUUCUACGAUUUCCAAGAAUUUCCUUGCUGUCAAAGCGAUGACCACUCGUUUUUCGACCUUUUCAAACACUACUGGGAAGAUACCCGAUACAACGAGCCAGAGUGAAAGCUUUCUAAAAUCUUCUUCAAAAUCAGUGAAAUGGAAAAAAGACUGUAACGGCCAGUAUAUCAGGCCAUUUGAUCCAUUUGAAAAGACGUUCUCAAGCUUUUGCCAUGACCCGGCCAGACCGGAGUUUCGGAGCCUUGACAUCGUGGCCAGCGUUGGAAUGGAAACUCUACAUAAGGACGCAAGUACGUUUCUGGAGACGAUCAAAAAAGCAUGGACCAGACUACGUUAUCUCCAUCCUACUCUUGCCACUGAAGUCGGUCAAGACGAAUUCCGGUACAAGCCUCUCGAAGAUCAAGCGGAUAUUGAUAAUUGGCUUGAGAAGACUUUCAUCGUCAAAGACUGGGAUCCACAUACUGAAGUUUGGGGCUGUCAAGACCUCGUCAUUGCACCUGCUGCCAACUCGCCUGUGCUAUACUACUUCCCUAGCAAGCAAAAAUUGGUUCUCCGCAUGAAUCACAUGCAUGGGGAUGGACAGGCAGUUGUGGGUCUGUUACAGGACCUCUUCAAUGAGAUCCAGCGCUUGAACUUAGGUGGAGAAACUGUGAGCGAACCUUGGGGUGCGGAAAUGAAAAACCUUGCUAUUGGCGCAUUUGACGCUGCGGGAGUAACUGCUUUGGAGAAAUCCUGGUCCUCGAAUCUUGCUUCGUCUCUGCCCGAGCCACGAACGGAGGGAGAGGCAUUCGAAAUACCUUCCGUUAAUAACACACACCCACCUGGAGAGGGUAAAACACAAUCUCUCGGAUUUUCUGAAAGUCAAACAUCUGAACUUCUGGAUCAAGCCAAAAAAAUGAAGUUGGGGAUUACUGCUUUCUUGCAUACUGCACUUCUCCACGCCGGAAAGAGAGUUAGUCCCAGCUCUGACAGUACGAUCCAUUCAACCGUCCUUAUCUUCAGUUUUCGAGAAAGAUGUACCGACUCGCCUCCCAAUGCCAAUUCAAGAGCUGCUGCUUUGCGGAUUGGCUUUUGGCCCAUACAGGUGCCGAUGUCGGAUGAUUUUCAACGUACAGCCUUGCGGGUGAAACAUGCAUACAAGGCCCUCGCUCAUCGAAAGUCUGCUGCCCUCAUCACGAUGGUGCCAUAUUUACAGAAAUGCGCGUCAGCACUAUCUCAAGACUACUUCAAGGGAAUACUACCCAGCUUUAUCGGGAAUCUCUCCAAAGCCUUCCCAAAGACCUACGGCUCGUUCAAAAUUCGGGACCUCUGGAUGGUUGCAGUGCCAACCGACGAACGAAUUUAUCUGGGAAUCCAAACUUUUGGUGGUAGAUUGUCUAUCAGGGCCUGCUACAACCAAACAUAUCAUACAGAUGAGCAGAUAGCCAGCUACCUCCUGUCUAUCAGGCAAGAGAUGUAUGCUGGUGCAGUAUCUGAUGCUGAAAGACUUAGCUUUCUGUCGAUGGUGACCUUGCAGGGCUAG